GAUCACUGACUGGUCUUCAUUUGCUGCCGAAGUCAUAAUGAGAGAAUACGAGACAUAGCCGAUUGAAAUCCUGGAGAAGGAGUGAGUAGACUGGCCGAAGUCACCGAACGGUUCAUUCGGGCUUCCCAGAACCACAACUUACCCCGCCUGGUACUAUAUAAGGCUUCGCACCUUGAUUCACGGACGGAGCUGCAUUCGAGCAAUGUUGAAGGACAAACCACCAUAGGCUCUGUUUUAUCUCACUGAAUCGAUAAUGUCGAACGACCCCAAACUGCCUUCGAGUAUCCCAGAAUUCAUAGCGAAAUACAAGGAAAAUUACGUUGAAGCAUGGGCUGAGCUCUGGAAUAAGAGUGAGGGUAAACCUCUCCCCUUUGACAAAGGUUUUCCCAACCCAGCAUUUGAGGAUACGUUGAUCGAGAAGCGCGAUAUCAUCGGUGGCCCCAUCGGCCGGGAUGCGCAAGGCAACACGUACAGGAAGAAGGCAUUAGUCCCAGGGUGCGGAAGAGGUGUCGAUGUACUUCUCCUGGCCAGUUUCGGGUAUGAUGCCUAUGGCCUGGAAUAUAGCGCCACUGCCGUUGAGGUGUGUAAAGAGGAACAGGCGAAGAAUGGGGAUAAGUAUAAUGUACGAGAUGCGGAGAUUGGGCAAGGCAAAAUCACAUUCGUGCAGGGGGAUUUCUUCAAGGAUACUUGGCUGGAGAAACUGCAAUUGCGUCGGAAUUCUUUCGAUUUGAUCUAUGACUACACGUUCUUUUGCGCCUUGGACCCGUCAAUGCGUCCGCAAUGGGCACUCAGGCACACCCAGCUUCUGGCAGAUUCGCCGCGUGGGCAUCUCAUUUGCCUUGAAUUUCCAAGGCACAAGGAUACGUCACUACAGGGCCCUCCAUGGGCCUCUACGUCCGAGGCUUAUAUGGCACAUCUGAACCACCCUGGCGAAGAGAUCCCAUAUGAUGCAAACCGUCAAUGUAGCAUUGACCCAUCAAAAGCGCCAAGCCCACAGGGGCUUGAGCGAGUGGCAUAUUGGCAACCAGCUCGGACGCAUGAGGUAGGGAUCGUUGAGGGAGAGGUCCAAGACCGAGUGUCGAUAUGGCGCCGCCCGAACUAGGUUGAUCAAUCCUUUUGUUCUUUGUGCCGUAAUCCGGGACCCCGACAACGAUCGGAGAUGCUUAA